AUGCGAAAUAAUGAUAAAACUAAACUACAUGAAAAUCUUAAACAAGAAAUUCGUUCAUUAUUAAUUAGUUCACCAAAAACUAAAUAUGGAGGAUUAUCAGGUUCAUUAUUAUAUUCGGAUUAUAAAAAAUUAAAUUCUGGUAAAGAAAUACCAUAUGGUGAACUUGGUUUUCAUUCAUUUUUGGCUUUAUUACGUUCAAUGCCUGAUGUUGUUAGAAUUGAAUAUAAAGAAAAUAGUCCAUCAUAUCGUGUUCAUCCAGUAUAUGAUGAAACAACAGCACAUAUUCAAAAAAUGGUAUUUGAACAACGUGAUAAAUAUGAAUAUCAAAAUCAAUUGUACAGUCAAAAUUGGUAUUCAAAUAAUGAUAUAAGACAAAAUAAAUUAAUUUCAUUAAAUUUUUAUAAUAAUAGACAACGACCAUUUUUAUAUAAUACUUUUUCUCGUUUUCCACAAAAAUUAUUUAUAUCGAAUGAAGGACGAAAACAAUUUUCUUUUCAACCAUAUUUACUUGUAACAUCAACUCAUGAUGAUGAUAAAAAAAUCAAUUUUCAAUCUAUUAAUAAAUUAACAUCGAUUAAUAAUCAUAAAAACGAACUAGAAGAAACACCUCCUAAUUUUGAUCUUAAUGAUUAUCAUUUAAGUGAAUCAAUCGAACAAGAUACUGACGAACAAACGAAUAAUAAUUCAACAAUCAAUCAUCAAAUUAAAGAUCAAUCGAAUAGUUCAGAAUAUUCUGUUCAAUCAACAUUAUCAAUUAUAAAAGAAGAAAAAUCAUCAUUAAAUAAAGAAUUAUUUUUUGAAAUUUCUCAUUAUGAUAAACAAGAACAAUGUAAAAUUGAUGAAAAUCGAAAAUUAAUAAAACGAAUAAAUAAUGCACUACGACAAUGUAUUCAUUUUCGUUAUAUUCAUCGAUUAUAUGAACUUAAAUUUGAAUAUCGUGAUUAUCCAUUAUCAAUUGAAAUAACAUUAAUAAAAUCAAAACUUGAAAAAAAAGCUUUUAAUAAAUAUCAACAAGAAUUAGAAGAAUUUGAAAAAAUAUCACAAUUAAAUACAUUAAUUGAUGAUCAAAUAUGUCAAACAAUGUUUGAUGAAUACAUUUAUUUACAACGACAUUAUUAUUAUAUGACUAGAUUAAUGAGAAAAAAACAACAAUAA